AGCAACUCUCUAGUCUCCACAAGAAAACUAGUCACCGCUCCACAUUUACUAGUAUUGAUGGGUGGAGACCACAAGUGCCCCGUUUGUUCUGCAACUUUCACUCGGCCCCAGCAUGUUGUGAGGCAUAUGCGAUCUCACACUGGCGACCGACCAUACAAAUGCCAGCAUUGUGGGGACCAAUUUUCUCGCUCUGACCUUCUAUCUAGGCACAUUAACAAGUGCCAUGUUGGUGAAAAGGUAGCAGGAGGAGUGGUGUCCAAUGAUACACACGGACGGAGGAAGGGGCUCAGUGCCAAUGCCACACGUGCCACGACAAGUAAACAGGCUUGUGAUCAAUGUGUGCAGAGCAGUUUACCGUGCGACGGAUGUAAUCCAUGUUCGAAAUGUGUACAACGCAAGAUCCGGUGCACAUUUGUCAAGUUCCAUCGUCAAACAGCCCCCAUUGGCCCAGGUCAUAACCAAUCUCGCUCCGGUAACCCUUCUGGCUCAACUUCCCAUCAUCCAUCGCCGCAUCAGCAACAACCUCCGACAUUCAAUCCUGCUGUUGGCAACGCGUACGGACCUGUGUACGGUAGCUAUGAUUCCUCUGUCGGUAACUUGGGUUAUCCGGCUCAUCAUGCAACAGAGGACGAUCCGUUCGUCUUACAACCAGCACCUGAAUCCUCAUAUGCAACUAAUUAUCGUGCACAACAAUCAGAACUGCACCGUCGCGCUUCCUUGCCUUCUUUCUCUGCCUCAGCCCAGCCGUGGAUUAGUGGAUGGCAUGAGAAUACUGCAAAUGGGGAAGGUGGUCCAAUUCCGUUCAAUGUCGAUGCCGGGCAUCACUUUGCAUUCGAAGUUGGCGGUGAUUAUAGACAUUAUGCAGGAUCAACCAUUCACUUUGCGCCACCCCCACAAUCAACAUCCGCACCAAACACCCAUCCACAUCCUCAUCCACAUACAUCAUCAACCACUUCACUGAAUUCAUUUUCUUCCUCUUCUUCUUCUUCUCAUGAUUCCCGUCCUGGUACUGCGAGCGACAUCAGUUCUCUAGCGGAAGAUCCACCGUCUAGACCAGGUACCUCGAGUUCUUUUGCGGAGUCGGUAUCAGGAAGUCGACCCGGAACAAGUUCUAGUAGUUCAGUGAACGAACAGUCUAAUAACAGCGAACAUUCUGGUAAUGCAGGUUUUUCGAACGCUUUCGGGUUACUGUCUUUGGACGACCCUGCAGUCAUAGCCGGUUUGGCAAACGAUGGCGCGCCGUUUUUCAGCCAUCUCAAUCACCUUGGAGUUGAUUCACAUCUUAACAAUCCCACUGGCUCGACGGGUUUACCACUCGAUGCUGUGGCCAAUAUAGGUACCGGUAUGACCUUAAGAAACGAUCCAGAUGCGACUCCGAUGCCAAUCGGCGAGGCUCAAGCAAUGGGUCUCGUCGGGCCCGGUGUAGACCCAAACCCUGCUUCGGUAGUAGCAUCGUCGACGUCUUCCCAAAAUCUUCAACAUUUCCCCCGAGCUAGACCAAGUACUGGCAACGGACGGAAUUCGAAUUGGGGCGACACUGGGGAGCUUGGUACUCCUGGAAGAGACAUUGAGACUCGUGAGCUUCGGGAAUUCUGGAAAGCGUAUAUGAGGACGCCCCUUAGUGGACCUGGAGGCGGCACUGUAGGAGGAAUGCUAGGUGGAAACAUCCCAGGUCAUCACGAUAUGCACAUGCUCUCACCAGGCGGAACCUCGAGUGGAAUGAAUCCCGGUGCCCCCCUAGGUCAUCCAACAACUGGUGCUCCCAGUCCCUACCGGCGUCAACGUGUUUCCUCAUUACCGUCAGUCAAGACACCGACAGCGAUUUUUGAUGAGGAAAGGUACGCUGCGGGAUUCUUCGGCUUCAAUGGCCCAUACGGCGCCAAAUAUCCUCAACAGCCGGAUUCACACCUUUUGCAUUCGCAUCGGGUUCAACCCAGCCAUGCCAAUCAUCAACAGGCUCACAAUGUACAUUACGGUGCUCAGCCGGGAGGGCCAACAAUGCACGGCAAUGCAGAAGACCUCCGCUCUUACGAAGCUGCUGUAUUGGCCAGAAAGGCACCAGUAAAUUUAAGUAUGGAAGGCCUCGGUGGAAAGAUGCGGAGAAAGGCGGGUGGCGUUAUUGCCAAAGACAAUAAUUCUCGCAUGACACCAGCCUCUGCCAGUGCUAGUCCCAACUUGUCCUCCGCCAGUCACUCUCAAGGUUCCAGCUCUUCUCCGUCGUCGUCAUCAUCCGCUGAUUCAUCGCCAGCGAUCCCGCAAGCUCUGUCUCACGAGAGCGCUCUUCAUGUCGAGGGAGGUGAGAGCGCAUCUCGACGACCGUCGUUUAAACGUGGCGCUUCCCAGGUAUUGGAGAAGGGUGGCAGUGGCAAACUCGCUAGACGCACUUCCUCGAGCAGAUAUGAUUCUCUAGAUCACGAGUAUGAUUAUGGUGAGCAUGCCCUCCUCUCUCCCUUGGACAAUGGUGGCGUCGAUUUCUGCAACUCCUCGUCCACGUCCGUCUUCGGAGUCGAAGCUGACGAACUCUUCUGGGUAGGAGGACUUCAAGCUUCUGCAAGUUCUUGA